AUGAUGUACACAAGAUCACAAGUGACAGGAAAAGAAUCAAUGGCACAAGAUAUUGUAGAUCAAGUAUUUGAUCGAGUAGAUUCUCUCUAUAGUAAAGGCAGUAAGGUUGUCUCCUCGGUACAAGAUGCUGUUUCAAACACAGUUUCUCAUAUCGGUGGAGAUCCGCAGUGGGAAGCCGAGCUAGCCGCUAGAAGUCGAGAGGAAGCUGGAAGUCCGAUUGUAAAGUCCCUCUCUUCAUUAGGAAGUACUAUCUACAGGCAAUUGAGUGGUAAGGUGGUUAUUGGCUGUGGAUUCUCUGCUCUAAUGGCCAUUUUAUUCUGGCGUAAAGAGAGAUUAUUGGGAUUACCUGAACAUUUGCCCAAAAAUCAACCCAAAUGUUGCUUAGUUUUAGGUGACAUGCAUGAUCCCAUUAUCAGAUCUCAAGUAAUGGAUCUUUACAGAAGGAGGUUUACCAUCUUCGUCUGUUCGAGAGAUGCGCCCUCCUACAGAGAACAUGAAGAAGACGAUGAUUUCUUAGUCCAUUUAGAUCCAACAUCCUCUAGCGACUUGGCAAACUUUGUUCAAUCUCUAAACUCUACCUACGAGUUGGCAUCUAUACUUUUUAUGCCUAAUUUAUCGUAUCACCCGUCAGGUGAAAUGAGUCUUUCACAACUGGAGACCGAAAUUCGUUCAAAUACCUUACUUUACUACUGCACAUUGAUGAAAUUACUUCCACACUUGCCUCAUACCCAAUUAAUUCUAUUUGAUCCAUCGCUCACUUACAAUAUGAAAGUUGCUCAUCAUCCUGUGGAAAUUAUCGUUUCUGGAAUUGUUAAAUCACUUUAUCAAUCAUUGGCAAGACAUGAAAAAUUAGAUCUAUAUUUGAUUCAUCUUGGUAUAUUACAGUUGACAGCUCAACCUUCCAAUUACAAGUUUCUGAAUUUAAAAGGUUCUAACGUCAAUACAGCUCUUUUAGAACCUGUCUACAGAUUAAUAAUGGCUUACAAUGGUAAUAUUUUAAGACGCAUGUGGCUUUGGAUUGUUACUUUUGGAUUCUUAAAUCAUCAUUGGUAUUGUGGGAAAUACAGUUGGAUUUCCACUUUCUCAUUUAUUACUCCACUGAUUAAGAAGUGGACUUAG